AUGGAGUUGGACAAGCUUGAUCUGGAGAAAGGGUUGUCCAUCCAGGAAGUCACGAGCAGUGAUGGUAGCCCCAUCAGCAACACGGAAAUCCUGAAUAGCUCAGAUUUUCCCUUCCCAGAGGCUGGAGGAGACGACAGCGGUGAGUGGCUCUUUUUCCCUGCCUGCGAAGCACAAUUCUCCUUCAUUUUGGACCACUGGGCUGCCAAGUCCAAAGAGACCUUCCAAGAGGUGAAGGAGUUGGAGAAGGAGAACCGAGCACAGGGGCAGGAUGACUAUAAGAAGUGCCUGACGAAAAAUGCUUUUGGUCGGAAGAAGCAGGAGCUUGUCGACAGGCUUACGAUGGAGUGUAAGGAACUCGGUAUGUCUUUUUAUUUUGUAGUCUGGAGCAAACUGUCAGAAGAGACAGGGCUAACCCACGACGGUCUGUAUAAAGGGACGGUUUUCACACUCGCCAACACCAUCAUGCAUCAGCAUUCGCCCAACCAGAACCUGACAGAGCAAUACCAUCUCUGUUGUUGGGACAGAGGACUGGACCCUGAAAACUCGGGCCGUGGAUUGCUUCCUGAAGGCUACCGGUCUCUAGGCCCACGGCCCAGCGCCAUCAACGACUUUGUAGUUUCCGCCGCGGAGACAUUGAGCAAAGCAGGUUCUAUCGUCAAGUCGUUUACAAUGAGCUAUCCCACCCUCCGCAUCCUAUCACAUCUCUUUAUCGUCCUCAUGGCAGUGAUCUUCUUCGUUCUUCCUGUUAUGAUAAUGUACCUAGUGCCCAUGAAGAAAAUUGACAGUAUGAUGGUUACCAUAACCUUCAGUCUCUUAUUCUGCGUUGGGUCGUUCUACUUUGGAGGUGGAAGCGGCGGGCUGCAGUCAGACCACAAGUUCCUGUUUCUCUUGAGUCUAUCUUCAAAGACUUGUCAGAUAGAUUAG